GGAAGACGUAAGUGAUCGUACCCGACAAGGAUAUUGAACGUGUGUUCCCUUGUGGACAUAGCGCCUAGUCCAAUGUCACAUCAUAUCUGUGAGCUCACGCCCGUGGCAUUGCCCCUGUGGCACCCCCUCCUCGAACCACGGGGUAAUGAGGGAUGGCACUAUUUCGACAAAGGCCAUGUACCUGCAGCUUGCCCACUCACGCAAUCCUGCCAUGACGGUUUCGAGAAAACGUACGGGGCCGGGCGGCGAUUCAAAUGGCAGCCCACCAAAGCUUCCUCGCACUACGCUAAAUGACGAUGGCACUCGCAAAGUGCCCCAAGGACUCCUUACCACGCUGCAAUCUAACUCCGGACCUGUCAGCGGAAAUCGUCAAGAUGCCGCACAGAAUCCAGGUCCCGAGGAGCGAUCAGUCCCUAGACGCAGAGAGUCCGACUCCUCUACCCAGCGCCAUCCUGAUGCCUCCACGAGCAAUACCUCCAUACCUAAGGACCUCCCCAUUACGACCACGGCCCACGAACCUCCUCCGGAUCCAGAUAGGCCGGGCGUAGCGAACCCGGCUUCGAAGCCGUUCAAGCUGAGGCUACACGCGCGAGCCAGGCCUACCCCAGUCAGAAACAACCAAGUGAUUUUGCGAGUGCCUGCCGGGAACGAGAAGUCGCAUUCGACCACGAGAGAGAAGCUGCUUUUCGCCGCUAGAAUAAAAUACCGCUACACUAAGAUUAGACCUGAUCAGGUCCGCUUGCUCGUCAUCAGGCCAGGCAGUGGAGACGAGGAGAUCAACGUGACCCUCCUGACCGUAGGUGAUAUACACUUGGGCACUGAAGAUUACCCUUACGAAGCGCUCUCAUACCACUGGGGGGAGGGAGACGAAACGCACGCCAUCAUCGUUCAAGAAGACGUUAAUUCGAACCCAGUCAAACAAAUGUCAGAGGCAGUGCUCUCGGUGAUGAGGGGAGGAGCUGGAACGAAGCGCCUUUCGGUGCGACCAAAUCUCUAUGAAGCACUCAAGCAUUUACGAGACCCGGAUGAUAACGUGCCGCUGUGGGUGGACGCAUUAUGUAUCAAUCAACUGGAUGAGGUGGAGAAAAAGACUCAGGUCAUGAAAAUGUCCAAGAUCUAUCGAAGAGCUGGAAGCGUAUGUGUCUGGCUGGGUCUAGGCGACAAAGUGUCAUACACAGCCAUGAUGUUCAUCACCGAUGUCAUCAACCAGGAGAAGCUCGGUGAUCUCCUUUCCGAUCCAAGACAUAUAGACAAAUGGGUCAGCUUAUUCGAGCUUCUAAAGUGGAGUUGGUUCUCACGUCGUUGGGUCAUUCAGGAGUUAGCCCUGGCCAAAGAGGCCACCGUACGUUGCGGUCGGGAGGAAGUGCAUUGGGACGAUUUCCGAGACGCGAUCGGUAUCUUCCAUCGAUAUUUCGACAUUUUGAAACCAAAAAUGAAGACUCCCGAGCAAAUUCGCAAGCCCAUAGGCGAGCUAGAACCAUUGGGGGCCAAGCUGUUGGUGGACCUUUCAGCCAACCUUUUUCGGAGGAAGCCGAAUGGCGAUCUUGAGUCGACAAUGGACCUCGAGACUCUCGUAUCUUCGCUGGCUGGAUUUGACACCUCUGAUCCCCGCGACACGAUCCACGCCCUGCGAAACAUCGCCUACAAGCGCAGUCUUUCAAAGGCUGCUCUUCAAACCCCUGGAAUAGAAGAGGCGCCAGAACCCGACUACAGCAAGGACCUCUUUGAGGUCUACCGAGAUUUUGUGCAAUGGGUUGUCAAGGUUUCGAGGUCCUUGGAUAUCGUCUGCCGUCAUUGGGCGCUUCCCGAGCGUGCGGAAAAAGGGCUGACAACCCCACGGCUGGUGAAACUUCCAUCUUGGAUUCAAAUGGUGGAUGAGUCAUCCUUCGGUAGGGGCGAAGAGGUGUUCAAGGGUCGAAAGGCAGGCGAUAGCUUCGUUGGUCUUCCUGGGAAGAAUUGCUAUAAUGCUUCCGCUGGGAAGGAACCCGAAGUCCAGUUCGGCCAAGACGACACUCGAACGGGCCUUCUUAAUGGGCAGAUUCGCCAAGAUGCCCUGGCGGAGAAUGGACGGCAAACCGUCGAGGAAAUCGGCCAUGACAUGACUUUGUCAGCGAAAGGUCUCUUCAUCGGCGUCGUAAACUGGUCCUCAGACCCUAUUCCGGAUGGCGUAAUACCACAACGUUGCCUUGAAAAGAUUGGCUGGGGUAGACGGGAUUCCGCCGAAAUCUAUAAAGCGCCGGAUCAACUCUGGCGCACACUCGUUGCCGAUCGAGGCCCUAAUGGCAGCGAGGUCCCGACUUGGUACCAUCGGGCCUGCUUGUACUGUCUACUGAAUCGCACCCCGAACGGACACAUCAAUACCAAAGACGUCCUUGAGCAAAACGACUUUGGCGAUCAGCGCAGCACGGUACAAGACUACCUGGAGCGGGUGCGAGUAGUUACCUGGAACCGGGCUUUCCUUGAAGCGAGCCCACCGAAAGAUGGGACGACAGUUCCGGAUCGGAGCGUUCACCCCCUCGUUGGUCUCGGGCCGCCAAAGACCGAGCAAGGCGAUGUCAUUGCGAUCCUGUACGGCUGCAGUGUGCCGGUUGUUUUGCGCCCUUCCCAGGUUCUGGAGGAGGCCAGUGAGCCGAGGCUGUAUGAAUUCAUUGGUGAGGCCUAUAUCUACGGCAAGAUGAACGGUGAAGCUGUGGACGAUAACCCUAUCGUCGAGAAGACUUUCCGGCUGCAAUGACGACUUUGUUUUCUUGCUCUUGCUUCUAUGUUUCCUGUCUUUUCUGUUGAUUACAGUAUUCAUUUCCUCCUGUCUUUUUCGUCUUCGGCAUAAUUGAUCCGCUUCGAUUUAUAGCAGAAUAUGGGUUCUUUCUUCUCUAGCUAUGAGC